AUGGAAAAAGCCUUUUACUUCAUCGAUGGCAUCCAGCCUGACAGAGCAUCCAAGAAGCAGAUGCGCCGUCAUGUCAUGAAGGGUAAGAAUGCUGGGAAAAGGCUUCAUCGAGCGUCGAGAACAAAUCGAUCGACAGACUCGCAUCAGCCACAAGCUUUCAAAGCUCCGGGCCUUUCUCGCAAAGGAAGCGUGGUUUCAUGUCCUGUCGAUAGGAAAUUCGGGGAUGCAAUUGCCACGGGCUGUCUUUCUACGGUGGAUGUCAACCCACGGUCCCUCAAGAUCAUCAACCAGUUCUUCGAUCUGACCUCAGAACGCCUAUACCCCACUACCCUUGGCUUUUCGUUGUCCGAAGCCAAGCUUCUGUGGCUCCGGUUGCUCUUUACAGAUGAGGCUGCCUACCAUUGCAAUAUCAGUUUGAUGCAGGCUUGCAAUGAAAUCUACCUAAAUAAUGGCAGCAGCACCGCUAAAGCACUGUAUCACCUAUCCCAAACUUUUGUCCAGAUUCAAAGGAGGCUCGCAAGCCCUGAUGCUCUCUCGGAUUCCACCAUGGGACUGAUAGUAUCUCUCAUCACGCAGGAGCAAAUAAGGAACCAAGGCGCUGCUGCUGAUGUACACGCUAAGGGAUUGCAAAGGAUGGUGGAACUUCGAGGGGGGCUCGGUCAACUCAACCGUAUUCUCGUGUUGAGAAUCUGCAAGGCCGAUAUACUACUAUCUUUGCAGUAUGGAAAACCUAUAAUGUUCUUCCGAGAUAAUAUGGCUGCAGUAUGGAAUAAACUUGCCUCCGGAGGACAUCUCGACCACGCUCCAGAUAUGCCCUGCUACAAUUUGAGUCCGUAUCUUCAUGCCAUACUUUCGGACGUUAUGUGCGUUUGCUAUGUAUUCAACAGCAACAGCCGCCAUCCUAUUUUCGAUUUCCUGGACUUCGAGGAGGUUUAUGUGUCAAUAUGCUAUCGCCUCCUACGAUUUAUUUCGAUAAAUGCUCCAACGGGUCAGUUUGACUCGCAAACUGCGUGUCAUCUUGGGCUGCUCAUGUUUACCAUGACGACGUUUUUCCAAAUCGAUCAGACCCGAAUCAUAGACUUCAAGAAACUGUCUCUCCGCUUCCAGAAUUUUCUCAAUGGUGACCUAUGCGAACUGGAGAAUGACCUAAGUCUUUGGCUCCUUACUCUUGGUGGGAUAUGGUAUUCGAAGGACCUAAAUAGCGACUUGAUUGCUUCCAAAAUACGACUUUUGGUACAACAGCCAGAAAUUGGUAGCUGGGGCGAUUUUCGAGACUGUCUGGGGAGGUUCCCAUGGAUUCAAGCUCUACAUGACCAGCCUGCUCACAAGCUAUGGAACCAAGUACAACAGCCACAACAUACGAUUCCUCAGUUCAAUUAA